CUCAAAAAGAAGAGAAAAAGGAAUUAGGAGUUAGAAUUUAGUCGUCGAGAGGUGAAGGAAGACGGAGAGAGAUGGCGAAACCAAAGAGAGACGAACUGAAUCAAAUCCUUCUUGGUUAUCUCAACACCAUUAACGAUACGCUCCAGUUGUUCCAGGAAUCGCCGCCUCCGACACAAGACAAAUUAAGCUGGAACGAUGUCCUUCAGCUAUCUGAUCACCUCUCUAAACAAGCCACCAUAGUGGGAAUGCUAUGGACUGGAGAACCACCAAAAGCUGAAGCAUUGAAUGAGAAUGGAAGCAUGGUUGGUGCAAGGCCUACACUUUCUUCAUCCAUACAAGCCUCUGUGAAGCAAAUUGUUGAUUUCAGCUUCAAAUUAUUGAAAGGUUCUGUCUCCUUAUACGUGGGAUCAUAUGAGAAAGACAGGAAGCCGUCGUCGAUUCCGCAGCUUACAGGAGCAGUGUGGGAGGCAUGCUCUAAUUUAAACAAAGUUCCUGCAACAAACAUCAAAGCCAUUGGUCGGGCGAUGACACAGGUCGGUGUUUCCGUGAAGGAUGUUCUUAGGGAAAUGAAAGAAUUGAAGCCAGCUUCUUCUUCUUCUUCACCUGAGCAUGAUGCUUGUGCAAACGAUGAAAGCGGGACUCCAAACUCAGACGAAGAUGACGAUGAUUUAGGGGAUGACUUGUCUCCUGAAGAGCUAGAAGUUGCUAAAAUGGUAGCUGAUAUCGUGUCUGAGACGCUCAUGGUUAUAAAAGAACUCAUCCGCGUUAUUACAGGCAUGAUCAAGGUGGAGAAUCCAAAGGAUAACGGUGGGUUUGUGGACUCGCUUGAGAAGUUACUGAAGUUGUGUCAAAGAAUCGGAGUAGAGAUUGAUGAGCUUGGAGCAUGCGUUUAUCCCCCGCAGGAGUUGAGUCUCAUGAAACAAACGGUGGAGAGAAUAAAAGGAAAUAUUGGUGAGAUUGAGGCUGAUGUUAUGGGUUUCAAGAAUUCUUCUUCUUCAUCAGAAUCUUUCUUGAGAACAUGCAGAAGGCUGCAGAGUUUGAUUGAACUUAUGGAAACCGAGCUGGACUCAAGAAGUGAAGCUGAAGUAGUUUCCAAAAUGCAGAAUGUUACUCUCUAGGUUUUGUUAGGUUCUUUCUUGUUAGCUUUCAGUGUUUCAGGCAAUGCCUGACUUGUUAUUUUUAUUUCUUUUGUAUUUUAAUGGCAGUUAUAGUUAGUGAAAUAUGGUUGCAUAUACUAAA